ACCUUUCAAACUCCGGCGCAGGACGAUCAUGCCAAGUCAGACCUGAAUCCCUCAUCAACUAUGUCCUCUGCACCCGCACACAAGUUUUAGCAUCGAAGCAUUAUGGAUAACUCGGGCAGAGCGUUCUGGGCUCGGCCAGGUGGCUGGGAGAGAGAAGGAGGCGGAGGAGGACCUGCAGCGGAUAAAGCUGACACCUGGAGGUCACAGGAGCACGCCAGAGGACAGAACUUCAGACCAGAUGGAGGUCAGCAGGGCAAGAAGAACCAGGGCGGACCCUACUGGGCCGGCUCAAAGCGGGGAGGACUGGGGCCAUUGAGCUACUCCCCUGGUGCCUUCAGGGGCGGCCACAGCCCCUCUCAAAGGGAUGAUCCCCGGUGGUUUCUGGGCCAUGACAACAGCUAUGGGACUCGAGAAGAUAACUGGAGAGAUCGUUUCCCGCAGCAGCAACAGCAGCAGCACUGGAGGAGGACUACUCAGGGUGAGGGCCCAAAGGAGGACAGGGAGCAGGGAAGAAGAGACGCCACUGAUGACGGUGCUCAUGAUUCAGGGAGGAGACGAAGAAACAGAAACAAAAAGAAACCUUUUCUUGAAGAGAAUCAGAACAUCGUCAUUGAAGAGUCCACACUCUCCGCUAAAGAGCUGCAAAGCUUACAGCAGACUGAGAGGCGGCUCAACAGGGAAGAAAUCUACAGCUUGAAGAAGAAGUCGCACAGCCACCCUGGUGCACUUUAUACCUGCGCGCUGUGUGACGUUCUUCUGGACUCUGUAUCUGAUGCUUACAAGCACAUCAGAGACAAACGGCACAAGAAACGGGCCAGGGAGCGACAGGAGCAGGUCAUGCUGACGGAGAUCCUGCCUCCUGGUCCGGAGCAGAUCGGUGCGGUGAGCGCCGCCCUCGAGGCCGUCGUCCGUGAUCAUGGCAUGAGCCAGCAGGACUUUGAGCGGAGACAGAGCGUCGUCGCCUCCAUGCAAGACCUCCUUCUGUCCGUCCUGCCUGAGAUCAGACUCAGGUUAUAUGGAUCAUCUUGCACUAAAUUUGGAUUCAAGGAUUCUGAUGUCAACAUUGACAUUCAGUAUCCGCCUCAUAUGCAUCAGCCAGAUGUGUUGCUGUUGGUGAAGGAGACCCUGUCUGUGAGCACUCACUUCGUCGAUCUGGAAGCGGAUUUUCAUGCCAGAGUACCGGUGGUCAUCUGCAAAGAAAAAGCCAGUGGUCUGGUCUGCAAAGUGAGCGCAGGGAAUGAAAACGCGUUCCAAACCACCUCCUAUCUUUCUGCGUUGUCCAGUAAAGAGCCUCUCCUCCUGCCGCUGGUUUUAGCGUUCAGACACUGGGCCCGGGUCUGUGAGAUUGAUCGUGCAGAGGAAGGCGGGCUGCCGCCGUACGCCUUCGCCCUUAUGGUGAUCUACUUCUUACAGAAGCGCAAAGAGUCUCUCUUGCCAACCUAUUUUAAUCAUGAGGUCAAGGUGUUUUCACUCACCAGGCUGUCAGACUUCAGUCUCACACAUGUAGAGGAUGGAUAUUUACACUGGGCUUACACUCCUUCCUCCAAAGAAUCAUCCCAGUCAGCAGAGGGAUCCUGUAUAAAGGGAAAGGUCCCGCUGGCGUUUCACAGCCCUCACCCACAAGUAGAAGUCGGGCUGCUCUGGAUUGAAAUGCUUCGCUUCUACUCGCUGGACUUCAACAUGGGUGACAACGUCAUCAGCGUGCGGACCAGCGCCGUCCUCUCCCGGGAGAUGAAGGACUGGCCGAAGAAGCGCAUCGCUGUGGAGGAUCCGUUUGCUGUGAAGAGAAAUGUCGCUCGCACGCUGAACAGCCAGCAGAUGUUUGAGUACAUCCUCCACUGCCUCAAAACCACCUACAAGUACUUUGCACUGCCGCUCAACACGCCGGCCGCUAACCACAGGCGAGGGGCGAAGCCGGGCGCCGUGUCCGGGGAGAGCGCCGAGGCUCUGAGGGAGGUGGCCGGCUUCAGUCAGCUCAGCCUCCAGCCGCAGUACGCCGGCCAGUCCAGAGCCGUGGAGAACGGCCCCGAGGACUCGGACUGCAUCAUCGAGGAGGAGGAGGAGGUGGAGGAGUUCAGCGACUCGGACGAGGAGCGGGAGAAGGAAAAAGCAGAUCUGGGCAAGAGCAGCCUCUCGGAGGACGAGGAGGACGAAGAGGACGCCGACGUGGGCGCGCGCAGCCGACAGCACCUGGACAGCGUGACCACAGAGGACGAGGAGAUCUUCCCCGUGGACGAGAUCUCGGGGGAGGAGCUUCUGUCCGACGAGGAGGGUCCCGAUUUGGACACGCCUGGCUCCAUGGACGAGGAAGAGGAGGCGGAGCUGCCGUCCGUCGGCGCUGUACCUCCGACUGCAGAGGACUCGGUUAAAGAUGAGAACUCCGGAAAUAAAAAGCAGAGAAAGCUGUGUUACGAGUUCACACGGCAGGCUUUCACCCGAGGAAAGUCACACAUGGUCGUGUGCAGCUUGUGCAAACGCGAUGGGCAUUUGAAGAAAGAUUGUCCUGAAGAUUUCAAGAAGGUGCAGCUGGACCCUCUGCCGCCCAUGACUCCAGAGUUUCUCUGGAUCCUCAACAAAGUGUGCGAGCAAUGUUUCAGUGACUUUGCCCCCGGGGAGCUAGAAGUUGGAGUGAGAGAGCACAUACUGCAAGAUCUGGAGACUUUUGUCAGACGGCAGUUUCCUGGCGCUCGGCUUAAACUGUUUGGAUCGUCUAAAAAUGGCUUCGGCUUCAGGCAGAGUGACCUGGACAUCUGCAUGGUGCUGGAGGGACAGGACUCCAUCGAUGAUGCUGACUGCAUCAAUAUAAUCGAAAGCCUGGCGAGAAUGCUAAAGAAACACACAGGUCUGAAGAACAUCCUGCCCAUCACAACGGCCAAAGUGCCCAUCGUGAAGUUCUACCACGUCCGCACCGGCUUGGAGGGAGACAUCAGCCUCUACAACACCCUGGCCUUGUACAACACACACCUGCUGGCUUCAUAUGCAGCCAUCGACAGGAGAGUGAAGAUUCUCUGUUACGUCAUGAAGGUUUUUGCCAAGAUGUGCGACAUCGGGGACGCUUCCCGCGGCAGCCUCUCGUCCUACGCUUACACCCUCAUGGUGCUGUUCUUCCUCCAGCAGAGGAACCCCCCGGUGAUCCCGGUGCUGCAGGAGAUUUAUAACGAGCAAACAAAGCCGGAGGUGCUCGUCGACGGCUGGAACGUGUACUUCUUUGAUGAUUUGCAAGCACUGCCCAGUCGCUGGCCACAGUACGGCAAGAAUACGGAGUCGGUGGGUGAACUGUGGCUCGGCCUGCUCCGCUUUUACACCGAGGACUUCGACUUCAAGGAGCACGUCGUCUGCGUUCGACAGCACGCUCGGCUCACCACCUUCAACAAGCAGUGGACGUCCAAGUACAUCGUCAUCGAAGAUCCCUUUGACCUGAAUCAUAAUCUGGGUGCUGGACUCUCCAGAAAAAUGACGAACUUCAUCAUGAAGGCUUUCAUCAAUGGCAGGACGGUGUUUGGGACCCCGGUGAAAGUCUUCUCCGCCGUCUACCCCAGUCAGAUGGAGUAUUUCUUCGAUCCGGAGGUCCUCACCGAGGGGGAGGUGGCGCCCAAUGAUCGCUGCUGCCGCAUCUGUGGCAAGAUCGGCCAUUUCAUGAAAGACUGCCCCAUGCGGAAGAAGUCCAAGCACCGACGGGAUGCGGAGAAGAGGCCCGAGUACCUGCGAGACAAAAUGGAUCCGUCGGAGGAAGCCAGGGAUCAGGCCAAGUACAAGAACGAACACUGGAGGAAACGAGACGCACUGGACACACGCUGCUGCUUCCUGUGCGGGUCGAGCGCCCACAUCAAGAGGGACUGCCAGCUUUACAGGAACCCUGCAGGUAAUGCGAGGAUGGAAAACUUUGCUUCUCCUUCAGUCCAGUUUCGGAACAUGAGAGAAAAGGAGAAACAGGGUUUGCCUUUACAAGAGGAGAAGAAGAGGCGAAAGCAACAAAACGUCAUCUUAAGUCCACAAGCAGGCAGCUUAGCCUGCAGGAAUCUGGGCCGCUCCGGCCACAGGAAGAGCCCAGUGGAAUGAGCAGCAGCCGUGGAUUCACAAACCAUGAGAUCCUUCUGUUGUCCAGGCAGACUGCGACCUAAAGUCCAGAAAAAACCCUAAAUCUGAAUGGUACUGUUGGGCCGGUGCGAGCCCGUUAAAAGCCAAAGCCAGGACGCCUUGACUUGAAGCCAAAUAGGGCCUUUUUAUGUGUGCAUUUAAUCCCCCACCCCCCCCAAAAGCUCUCUUCUUCUCAGAGCUUUUUAGAGACUUCAUUGUAACAAGACAUCAACAUUUUAAGUCUGGUUUAAUUUGUCCCCUGCACUGAUGUCCAGCUGGGUAUAUCCUCCCCGGCUUUUACAGAGGCUCGUCCUGCGGUGUACAACGAGUGUUUUUAUUAAAAAAAAAAAAAAAAAAAAGGAAACAAAAAACAGUAGAUUUUUACUUUUUUUUCCAGGAUCACAGUAUUUUUUUCCCCUCUCAGAGUUCUGGUCUUUUCUUGUUUUGUGGAUAGACCCUGUCUCGGAACUCCCUGCGUGGAAGACGAUAAAGCUGUAUUUCCUUUGCAAACCCCAGCCUCCAUGUAUUUUCACCCAUAGCAGGAAGUGUUGUAAUAAUAACAGAGCUGAGUAAAAAGUUUGUUCUCAUACUUGGUAAAGCUAGAAAGGAAUUAAGAAAAAAAAAAAAGAAAAAAAAAAAGAAUCUGCUGGCCCAGCCAGCACA